UUUUUUGACUUUCAAAGACCUGGAUUAUCUAUCUUGCAUCCUUGAAAUUCAUUGAAAGUUUCCACGGGAAUGUGUCGCCAUUUUUAAAAAAUUGAACAUUUAAUGCUCUGAUUGUUUUAAUUAGAGUUUUUUUUAACGGAUGCUUCAGGCGGGAAUAAAAUGGACGGUGAACUAGAUCCAGAUAGUCAACUUUUAAGUGAAGAUAUCAUUAAAAAACUUUAUGAUUCACUUGUUUCAUCGAAAACUCGACAAGUCACAUUGAAUCAAAUUGGUCCAUGUUUACAAACAAUAAAUCAAGCACCUACUCAAGCUAUUUUACAAAAAAUCUAUUCUGAUUAUACACCUGAUGAACUUGAAGGAACUGGACCAGAGAAUAUUACACUGGAUUUAGAUCAAUUCACUGAAAUAAUUCAAACUUAUUCUCAAUCAAGAGAUGAAAGAUGGAGUCAACUGAAUAAAGCUUUUCUGUUCUUCGACAAAACUGAAUCUGGUGUCAUUGAUAUAGAACCAAUGAGAACAAUGUUAUUGACUAUUGGUGAAUGUUUCACAGAAAAAGAGGCAAAUGAAUUUUAUAAAUUAGCUGAACCUGGAAAAAAUGGCAAAUGGCCUUAUGAUGAUUUUGUUAAAACUUUAGUCGACUCUUAUCCACAUCCAUUGACAAAGAAGAAAAAAGGUGGAUCGGGUAAAAAGAAAAAGAAAUCGGCCAAAAAGAAAUAA